CAGUCUCCCACUGGUGUUCUGAGUCACCGCCGGAAGCCUUGCCCGAAAUCAAAGCGGAGGCGAAGCAUGCACUAAACUGGAAUAUCAGCCGCCGCCGCCGCCGCAGCCGCAGCAGCAGUAAUCUCCCAGAGCCAUCUCCUCUUGAAAAACUAUCUUAGAAGGAAGCUUCAAAGAAAUGGUUCACCAGGAGAGACGCUCUGGUUGAAACAGUUGUCUCCCACUACCCCUGUCCCACCCACUUGCUCCAUAUUCCCCUCCUGCCGCUGAGACUCAGAAAAGCCACCCUCUCCAAGACCUUCACCAAUGGAGGAUCUCCGUGAAGCAAAUGGCACUUUUGCCAUCAACUUAUUAAAAAUGUUGAGUGAAGAGGACAACUUGCGAAAUGUGUUCUUGUCUCCCCUGAGCCUCUCCUCCGCCCUGGCCAUGGUCUUAUUGGGGGCCAAAGGAAACACAGAGGCCCAGAUGUCCCAGGCACUUUGUUUGAACAGAGUUGGAGAUGUUCACCAAAGUUUCCAGUCACUUCUAAAGGAAAUUAACAAAUCCACCACCCAAUGCUUGCUUAGAACUGCCAAUAGACUCUUUGGGGAAAAGACAUGUGACUUCUUGCCAGCUUUUAAGGAAUCCUGCCAGAAUUUCUAUGAGGCAGACCUGGAGGAGCUGUCCUUUGCUGAAGAUACCGAAGAAUGCAGGAAACACAUAAACGACUGGGUGAAGGAGAAGACAGAAGGUAGGAUUUCAGAGAUACUGGGUGCUGGGACAGUCGGUCCUCUGACUAAGUUGGUCCUCGUGAAUGCCAUCUAUUUCAAAGGAAAGUGGAACGAGCAAUUUGACAGGAAGUACACAAGGGGGAUGCCCUUUAAAACCAACCAGGAGAAGAAGACAGUGCAGAUGAUGUUUAAGCAAGCUAAAUUUAAAAUGGGGUAUGUAGAUGAGGUGCAUGCCCAGGUCCUGGAGCUGCCCUAUGUGGGGGAGGAACUGAGCAUGGUCAUUCUGCUGCCUGAUGACAACACUGACCUCGCUGUGGUGGAAAAAGCACUUACAUAUGAGAAGUUCAGAGCCUGGACAAAUCCAGAAAAGUUGACUGAGGAUAAAGUUCAAGUUUUUCUUCCCAGAUUAAAGCUAGAGGAAAGUUAUGACUUGGAGGCUUUUCUUCGAAGUUUAGGAAUGAUUGAUGCUUUUGAAGAAGCCAAGGCAGACUUUUCUGGAAUGUCAGUGAGGAAGAACGUGCCCGUGUCCAAGGUCAUGCACAAGUGCUUUGUAGAGGUCAAUGAAGAGGGCACCGAGGCAGCCGCGGCCACGGCUGUGGUUAGGAACUCCCGGUGCAGCAGAACUGAACCAAGAUUUUGUGCAGAUCACCCUUUUCUUUUCUUCAUCAGGCACCUCAAAACCAACAGCAUUUUGUUCUGCGGCAGAUUCUCUUCUCCAUGAAGAGGUGCAAUUGCUGUUCAUGCACUCUUUUCGCUUCUGACUACCUGCUUUGCUUUAAAUUCCCUUGGAUGAAAUUAGUGCUAUGGUUUGAAUGCCAAAAUAAAGUGUGAUUAUGAUCAUAGGACCCACCUCAUAGAGUUGUUGCGAGGAUUAGUGGUUGAUAAAGAGGUUAGCGCAAUCCCUGCUAUAGUAGUACACAGUUGGCAACUAUCAUUACAAGACAAGAUUCAAUUGCAUUUUUAUGCCUCUCAGGAGCAAUAGUUAGAAAAUGUAAUUAAUUUUGUAAUUCUACUAAAAGUAGAAUGCUCUUAAGAAUAAUAAUUAGCAAAAGAUAAGCCAGACUGUUAUGUCGAAAGUUAUAAAGAGCUAUUGACAGCCGUUAUAGAUGACCAAAAUAAAUAGAGCUAUUUCAUAUCACAGAAAGACCUUAAGUUAAAAAAUUGUCAGUCCUCCACUACUCGUUCUAUAGAUUUAAUGUAAUUCUAAUCCAUAUUCCAGCAAUGUUUCUUUGGAACUUGACAAGUUUAUUUUAAAAUGUAUAUGAAUAAGCAAAAGGCCGAACAUAUAUAACACAUUUCUAAAGAAAAAGAUCAAGUUGCAGAGCCCUGUUCUACUAGAUGCUGAAACUUAUUAUGAAGCUCUGAUAAUAUAGUGUGGGUUUACAUAGGAGUAAACAAACAGAUUAAUUGUACAGAAUAAAAAGUCCAGAAAUAUACUUAUUCAUAGAUGAAAAUAUGAAAUAGAAUGGAACUGGUAUUGGAGGUCAAUAAAGAAAUGACAACCCAGCCCAACACUGUAUGCUAGGACAACUUCCUUAUUUAAAAGAACAAAACAAUUAUUGAAAUAUUACUUAAUGAGAAAAGACAAUUUGAUAUGUUUCAUAGGAAAAUGUACCAGAAUACUUUAUGACUUUAGGGAAAGGAGAAGAUAUAUCUGGAAAAUUUAAACAAAGGGGCAGCAGCAGUCAAGCUAUUACUAUCAGAAAAAGUAAACUUUAAGGGAGUGAAUUCAAGUGGAGAAAUGCUGUCAUUUGACAUAGAAAAUGGUAAGGUUCAUAAAGAAGAUAAAACUUAAACCUCAACAUGCUUCUUUCAAUACUGAACAGACGAAGAUAAAAACAAUCUGAUGAAAAGCUCAAUAGUAAACUGUACUUCACAAUAAGACCCAUUUUUUACAUUUUCACACCUCUGAAAGUAAGAUAUGUUUUGAUGUAAUUGUCAUUGUCCACACAUACCUGUUUUUAGUCACACGUGUCUAUAUUUUUUCACUUCAUGUUAUUAUUGGUGCUCUAUAUGUCCUGUAUAGUUGCCUUUAAUUUUUAAAGAUUAUAUUAUUAUUUGGCCUUGAAAAAAAUUAUUAUAAAUGCUAAAAAUUGUUGAAAUGAAACAGUGAUGUGGAACUUGAUAACAGAGAAGUGAAUAUCCAGGUUUGGAGGGAUGAAUGCAAUUCCCAGUUUUCUUGCAAAGCAAUGACCAUGAUUUACAGGACCUUAAGAAAGGCUGUAUUUUAAGGUUACCUAUCACAAACCAACAUCAAAACUUGCAGAAAAAGUGUCUGUAGCUUGGAAGAAAAUCCCAGAGACAAUAGUACUAUGUUUGCUCAUGUUUGGUAAUGUCCAGAUACCAAAGUUCUUGCUGGCACAAUAAAUAUUGUGAUAAAAAAUGAA